AUGGGCAAACAAAGGAAUCGCAAAGCAAAGCCUCUCAAAUCAAUACUACCUGAUUGUCUCGAUCCGAUUGACGAAUCAAUUGAGGGAUCAGAGUCAUCGUCCAUUCAUUCGGAGAAUUCGGAACCUGGAGUAGACUAUUUAAAACCAGGAAAGGAGACGGCUCAACAUACGCAAAAAGAUAGCAACCAGCCAGAGAUCACUAAACAGUUGGACGAAGAAAAACAGAAGUAUUGUGAUAAUCCUAGCUUUCGUUCUGCAGGCAUUGUGUCAGGCGAACUCAUAAAACAAGAACUUUUAGUAGCACCUUUCUUUCUACAGGGGACUCCUUCACGAUUCGAAGAGAAUUUACACUCAACGGAAGAAUCAGGUUCUGUUACUCCAAGUAUUCCGAACAUCAGGAACGAGCCUGUAAACAGCGAUAUCACGAAACAUACUGUUCUCGCAAGUAUGAUCACUCCGACGGAAAACGUCUCGAACAAAUCUAUUUUAGCGGUUGUCCGCGACGACUCCUCAGCCCCUUUGUUCAACUAUGACGACGACUUCGACACCGACGCUGUCGACCCCGAAACGGAAGAAGAGCAGUUGACCUGGCGGAUGGACCCGUCCAAGAGCUUGAGUGACUGGAAAAUCAAGGUAACCAACAAGGAGACACGGCAGAACGAAUUAUAUCACGUUCACAAAAAUUUACUUGCUGUUGGGCCCAAAAAAUCUGAGUACUUCGUCCGUAUUUUUCGAACCAAUAAUCGUCUUGAUGUGGGAACCAGUACCACCGACAUCUUUAUGGAGAGCGUGGCUGCCCACGUGAUUCCACAAUGGCUGGACUUUCUCUAUUCGCCCGACGAUGAGCUGGUCAUUGACACACAAAGUGCAACUGGCCUCCGUCAUCUGGCUCAGUUCUUCGGAAUGCGUUCCAUGCACAAGAAGGCCAUGGAGUUCAUCGUACAAGAUUUGUCCAUGACAAACGUGAUUGUCUACUACAAGGAUAGUGUUGUACUAGCGGAUGACAAGAUUUCCGAGCUUGCUGCCAACCAUUGUAGCAACAACAUACUAUCAAUUGAUAGCAAGCACGAGCUACUCACGACGGUCGACCCUUUCUUCUUCCGAAGAUUGAUGACAGGUCCAGAGAUAGACAGUAGAAAGAAGCAAUAUCAUAUCAGUUCUCUCCUGGCUGAGUACUGCGCACUGAAUUCGAACGUACUUGAUGAACAGUCAUUUGAACGAUUGACGGAUGAGAAAUAUUUGCCACUCGUGGACCGAAAUGCUGCGUUGACUUUAUUGGAAUUGGAGGCUGAUCUUGUGUUAAUCAAUUCUUCUGAAGAAGAGAAAAGCGAGUUGACGAGUUUACAAUUAAGGUGCAUCAAGGACUUGACGCUGUAUUGGCAAGAGCUAGAGGUUAUGGAACAUGAUAGGAUUAUGCGUGUUUGUCGCAAAUUACCAUCCACAGUUGUUGCUGACCUUUUGGUCAAAUCGCUAACCCAGGCCAAAAAGAAAGUUGAUGAGGUUGAAGCUCAGUCUGCAGCUCAGACAGCAGCGGUAAAGCUAACGCGAUCAGGAUCGGCGAAAUCUCUUGCCUCAGAAGAAAACAGCAAAACGGAUUAUAGAGACAUGUCUUCAAAAUCAGACAAUGGAAAAAUGAAGGAAGUUCGUAAAGAGUACGACGCCAAGAUGUCGAGUCUGAAACGAGAACAUCAAAAAUCAAUCGACAAGAUCCAGCGAGACUUUGAAAGCAAGCUUUUGAAGCUCCGAGAUAUUUGUGUUGAAAAAGAUAAACACAUCGCAAACUACUGGGACGAGCUAAAGCGUUUUCAGCGUUUGCCAAACCAGCCUGAAGGAAAGAUCAUUCCGUCUGGUCUAAUGGCAAAAGCGACCAAGAUGCCGGAAAUUGGGAAUCAGCCACCAGAUGGAUAUUUGCUCGUCGGAAAGGGCAAAACUCCAUCAAAAUACCCUGUAUUCUUCUACAACGGCGAUCAAGUCUAA